AUGUCCCUCUCCCGUGUCGAAAAUCAUUGUUUUCUGCUGUUCCUCUUCGUCUUCCAAGCGAUCUUUAUCCUGAUUCUCUACCGCGGCGGACCUUCGAACGUGUUUCGUGGGUUUUUAGACUCGCCCCAGGCUCUGGAUUACUCGAAACCGCACGAUGUGUACACGAACCUCAGCUUGUUUACCCGCGCCCCCAGUGAGGACACUAUGCCCUACUGCCCAGCGCAGUCGCCCAUCCUGGUUGGUCCUUUAGCCAUCACCUUCAGAGUGCUCCCAAGUGAAAGGAUGAUCAUCAGAAAAAAUCCUUUUGUUCAGGUUGGUGGCCACUACAGGCCACCUCACUGCUUUGCCCGCUACAAAUCUGCCAUCCUUGUAGCCUACAGGAACCAGGAGAAGUACCUUCACCAUCUUCUCUACUAUCUUCAUCCUUUCCUGCAGCGCCAGCAGCUCAGUUACACUAUCUAUUUGAUUCAGCAGGUGGGGAGAGGUUCAUUUAACCGAGCAAAGCUGCUUAAUGUUGGUGUCCGGGAGGCCCUGAAGGAUGAAGACUGGGACUGCCUUAUCCUGCAUGAUGUCGACCUACUACCUGAGAAUGAUUAUAACCUCUACAUUUGUGAUGAGUACUAUCCCAAGCACAUGGCUAGUGCCAUGGAUAAGUUUCAGUACACUUUGCCGUACAAGUCCUUCUUUGGGGGCGUAUCUGCUCUGACUCCAGAACAUUAUAUGAAGAUGAAUGGCUUUCCAAACACAUACUGGGGCAGUGGUGGUGAAAAUGAUGACAUUGCUACAAGGAUUCAGUUAGCAGGAAAAAAAAAAAGUCCAGACCUCACCUUGGACGCUACAAAGUGAUGAACUACAAGGAAGAGAGAGAGACACAAGAGCCU